CGCCAACGCAGCCAUCUCGAUUCUGCGAUUCUCGUUCGCGGAGCUCGGAAUGUUUUGUUAUGUUUUACAUUCUACGUUUAAUUCUAAUAAUAAAUUCGUCGCCUCGACGGGAAGAAGCUCAACCGAAACGAAAAUAUUUGCGAUUUAGAGCGAGUGAAAGUGCGAAAGUUCGUAUUAAGUGUUUGUUUGAGCGGAGCGAUUAGGAAAGUGAGGUUAGGCGGGAUUUGUUGUGUUCCAUGUUCGUUCGCUCUGUGAAUAAUAUCGAGAUUUGCAUUUUGAAUUUGGAUUAACUAUUGUUGGGUUGUAAUUUCUGGAAGAUUCGAGGAAAGCUUCUCUCGGACUAUUCCCCGGCCCUUCAGCCCUUCAACUCUCGCAUGCGACGUCACAUGCUCGUCGGGGGGGCCGCCCGACGCCUGAUCGGACCGUUCCUCGGGUCCCCAGAGGGUCGCCCUUUCCCGCCUAAUAAUAAUAAUAAUCCCUUCGAGCGAUCUCUCCGGCAGUUAUCCGGCGCUGGCGCCCUUCCGCAACUAACUAAGGAUAGAUACCCGCAAGUAAAAAGGCGAGACUUUGCGGAAUUGAACGAGAAACAUUUAGGAUAUUUCAAGAAUCUACUCGGCGAGAAUCGAGUUAUAACCGACAAGGACGAAUGCCAAGGAUUCAACAUCGAUUGGCUAAAAAGUGUUAGAGGCUACAGUCAAUGCAUUCUGAAACCAAAAACCACGCAAGAAGUCUCCGAAAUCCUAAAGUUUUGCAACGAUAACCGGAUCGCCGUUUGCCCACAAGGCGGGAACACCGGCUUGGUUGGAGGAUCUGUACCAGUAUUCGAUGAAGUCGUCCUUUGGACCGGUUUGAUGAACGAUAUAAUCAGUUUAGAUGAAAAUUCCGGUGUUUUGGUGUGUCAAUCCGGCUGUAUCUUGGAGAACUUGGAGAACUUCGCCGACGAGCGCGAUUUGAUGAUACCGCUGGAUUUGGGAGCGAAAGGCUCCUGCCACAUCGGAGGAAAUAUAUCCACCAACGCCGGUGGAUUGCGAUUACUUCGAUACGGGAAUUUACACGGCAGUGUACUGGGAGUGGAAGCGGUGAAAGCCGAUGGUGAGGUAAUAGACUGCACUAGCGCUUUAAAAAAGGACAACACGGGUUACCACUUGAAACAUCUGUUCAUCGGAUCCGAAGGCACCCUUGGAGUGGUCACGAAAGUCGCCAUACAAUGUCCGCCGAAGCCUCGAGCCCUCAACGUAGCCUUUUUAGGAUUGGAAUCCUUCGACGACGUCCUCGCCUGCCUGCGACAGGCCAAGCGCCAAUUGGGCGAGAUCCUCUCCUCCUGCGAACUCAUCGAUAACCCCAGCUUGGACGCUGUCACCAGCCAUUUAAACCUAAAAUCUCCUAUCAGUGUAUAUCCCUUCUACAUGCUGAUUGAAACCCACGGGAGCAGCUGCGAUCACGACGAGGAGAAGAUGCACGGGUUCUUGGAGAGCUGCAUGAGCGAUGGCCUCGUCCGAGACGGGACUACGACCAACGAAAUCGGCAAGAUGAAGGCGAUUUGGGAGCUGAGAGAGAGCAUCACUGAAGGUUUGCUGCACGAUGGAUAUGUUUUUAAAUAUGACAUCUCGCUCCCUACUCGGGAAUUUUAUUCGUUGGUUCCCGUGAUGAGGGAAAGGGUGAAAGACGCCGUGAGAGUCUGCGGGUACGGCCAUUUAGGCGACGGUAACAUCCACCUGCAGGUGACUCUAAAGGAGUUUAACGAAGAGGUGUUGAGGAUUAUCGAACCGUUUAUCUACGAGUACACGGCGAAGUUGAGAGGUAGCGUGAGUGCCGAGCACGGCGUGGGUUUCAGGAAACCCAAAUACAUCCAUUAUUCGAAGAGUCCGGGAGCUAUAAACUUGAUGAAACAGCUCAAAGUGAUGAUGGAUCCGAAGGGAAUACUCAAUCCUUACAAAGUCAUACCUUAAUAACUAAUUUAAGUAUUUGUAAAAAGUGUAAUAUUAUUGUUAUUUGAUCUGUAUAUGGUGCUUUAAACUUGCAAUUAAAUAGAUAAUCUAAUAAGUUAAUUAAGCGUAAUUUAUUCAAUUAACUUUCCAUGUUGUCUCCGAUACAACUUACGAUGAGAUCUUCGUAACUCCAUUUGGGAAAAACGCGUUUGUAAAGAUUCAACAGGACGCUGUCCUGCGAGUUGAGGUGUCCAUCGAAUAUGCAUUUCAUAUGUCCAUGUGUGCCUA